AGAUUAAGAAGAUAAAGAGUUCCCCUGGCGAUUUAUCAAAGCGCUGGUUACGCUGGUUUACGUUAAUCGUACCGCAUGAUCGCUGCCUCUCCCGUUGACUGUUCUGAUUGUUGAGGAAAGAACCGGUGAAAGGUGAAGUAUUUGCAAUUUUACGGUUCGCGCACGUGUCGUGGAGUAAUUUCUCCAGAAGAUGACUGCUAGCAGUGCGGCGGGCAGUAUAGCUAGUAGUAGUCCUUUACCGAAAUGGCAACUUGCAUUAGCUGUUGGUGCGCCGGUUGCUCUUGGGCUAGGCUACAUGUACUACAAAAACAGCACAAAGUCUGCAUCGAAGCCUGAUCGUGGAAAGGCAAAAGGUAAUAUUAAGGAGAAUGGAACAUCGGCGGACAAGCAGAUUUCCAUUGACGGUGAAAUAUCGCCUAAAGGUCAACCACUCACUGAACCUGCAAACGAGACUCAAUUGGAAAAGGCACAAAGGUAUAAAAAUGAAGGAAAUAACUUUUUUAAGGCCGGAAAGUAUGAUGAGGCUAUAUCAUGGUACAAUAAAGCAAUUGAAACUUGUCCAACUGAAAAUCCAAUAGAUCUUGCAACAUUUUAUCAUAACAGAGCCGCAGCAUAUGAGCAUUUGAAAAAAUACAGUGCAGUAAAGGCUGACUGUACAAAAGCAUUGGAAUUCAAUCCAAGGUACAUUAAGGCAUUGCAGCGUAGAGCCCGUGCAAUGGAACACAGUAAAGAGUUAGAAUUGGUUUUGGAGGAUGUUACUGCUGCAUGUAUAUUAGAACGAUUUAACAAUCAAAGUACCCUCAUGAUGGCAGACAGGGUAUUGAAAGAACUUGGUAGGCAGCACGCACUAGAACACAUGGCCAAGAAAAAGCCAGUAAUGCCUAGUAAACAUUUUAUUAAAACAUACUUUAGUUCCUUCCGUAAGGACCCUAUUCUCGCAACAGAUGACGAGCAGUCAACUGACAAUAUCACAAGUGAUUUUGAAUCGGUAAGAAAGGCAUUAAAGGAAGAAUCAUAUGACGACGUUAUACCGUUGUGCACAGAAGAAAUAAAUGCCCUUGAAUCUGAUUCAUCUUUACGCAAAAUGAAAAUCCUUCUACUGCGUGCUACUUUCUAUCUUCUGCUUGGACAACACGAAGAAGCGAUUGCAGACCUUGAAACAAUUAUCAAUAGCGACUCUGCUAGUAAGGAAGUGAAGGCAAACGCCUUAAUUAAAAGGGCAAGCAUGUAUAUGCAGCUCGAAAAUCCAACGAAAUGUUUCGCGGAUUUUGACUUGGCAAUUGAAAUCGAUCCAGACUGUAGUGACAUUUAUCAUCACAGAGGCCAAGUAAAUUUACUCCUGGAGAAGGUGGAGGAGGCAAAAGCGGACUUCCAAAAGGCUGUGGACUUGAAUCCUACGUUUGCAGUAGCGUUUGUACAAAAAUGUUAUACAGAUUAUCGUUACGGUCAUAUGAAAAAGGAUGUUUACUUGAUGGAACAAGCAAUGCAAGGCUUCCAAGAUGCAUUUGACAAAUUCCCAGAUUGUUCCGAAUGUUAUACUUUGUACGCUCAGAUGUUAAGCGAUGUUCAAGAAUAUGCCAAAGCAGAUUCAUACUUUGCAAAAGCAAUUGAAAAGGAUCCAAACAACGCAACUAUUCACGUUCACAGAGGACUAUUGCAAUUGCAAUGGAAUGGAAAUAUUGAUAAAGCCAUGGAAUAUAUCAAGAAAGCUUUGGAAAUGGAUGAUAAAUGUGAAUUUGGAUAUGAGACCUUGGGUACUAUAGAAGUUCAAAGGGGGAACAUGAAAGAAGCAAUAGAGCUUUUCGACAAAGCUUUGGAGUUAGGUCGCACAGCAAUAGAGCUUACGCAUAUUUUCAGUCUAAAAGAUGCUGCACAAACGCAGCUUACUGUAACCGAGAGAUUAGGCAUGGAUCUGUCUUGGCUGGGGAUGUCCUAGGUAAAAGUUUGCAUUAAGUGAUAAAAAUCUGAAGGAACAUUGUAUUGGGAGAGAAUAAGAAUAUGUGCCAUUUAGGGGAAACAGUAAUUUUUCAACGUUACAAUCGCCAAGACACAUUUUCAAUAUUCACUUCGAAUAAUGUUUCGAAAGAUUUCGUAUAAUGAAAUGCAUGCAGGUGUAUGGAGCUCACGAGUAGUCAUAAAUUUUUAUCGCCAUAAACAAGGGAACAUGUUAUUCGAAAGCUCUUUCUUUCGUCUGAAAUAAAAACAAGGGAUUAUUACGCCAAUGUGUAAUCGGCACUGUACUGAAGUCUUUCAAAUUAUUUAUAAUUUGAUCGAGCCGUCAUGUAUUCGUCCCCAUUGGGUAAAACAAAACACUAAAUUAGUUUAUAAAAUUUCCAUUUUUUCGAUCACUUAAGACACUACAUUUGCUUAUACAUACUUUUUGCAGAAAAAGAAAGUAAUGUUUCUCAAUGAUAACAAAUAGCGCUUUGAUUGUAUUCUUUUAUUGAGAAGAACAUUUCCUUCUCACAACUUUGGUACGAAUUUGUUGCAGACUUGUAUGUAAGAAUUGCUGAUUAAUGUUAUGUAUGAAAUUAUGAUGUUAAAUAUAAUUAUAUUACCUAUUAAAAA